AUGUAUAACUCACAUCAACUCAAACCCCCCUUCUCCCCCUCCCAUCUUUCCCACCUCCCCUCUUCCUUCGCUCCCCUCUCACCCAUCUUCUCCCUCCCCUCUCCUCACCCCCUCUUCUCUCCGCCCGCCCUCUCUCAGGGAGUGAUUAAAUUAAUUUUCACCAAGGCAGUAGAUGAACCCACCUUCUGCCCCAUGUACGCUGCCCUCUGCGAAAAACUUUCGCGAGUGCUGCCCGAGCUUCCGCCGUCCAACGGGGCAGGGGGGGAGGAAGGGGGCGCUGGGGAAGGGCGGGGUGAGCCGAUCUCCUUCCGCUGUGUUCUGCUGAACACGUGUCAGGAGGAGUUUGAACGCGCUGUUAAGCUGCAGGCUGGCGAGCUGCUGGAAUCAUUGCAGGAAGGAAGCACGGAAGGAGAGGAGGGAGGAGAGGAUGGGGGGGGAGAGGAGAGGCGAGAGGAGGAGCGGGGAAAAGUCAACGGGGGAGAGCAGGAGGGGGGAGAAGGGAAAGGAGUAGAGGAGGGAGGAGAGGAGGAGGGGGGAGAGGAGAUGGGAGAGGAGGGGGGGAAAGUUGACUGGAGAAAACGGGAGGGGGAAGAAGGGAGAGGAGUAAAGGAGAUUGGAGAAGGGGAGGGAGAAGGGAAAGGAGCAAAAAAGAGGGGAAGGAAAAGGGGAGGGAGAAAGAGAAAGGGAAAGGGAGAGAAUUGCACAAAGGAAGUGCAAGGAGAGAGAGGAGAAAGGGGGGAAGAUGAGGGAGAGAAGGAGGGGGAUGAGGAGGGUGGGAGAGAGGGGGAGAAAGAUACUAACGAGGAUGAUGAAAGGGAGAAGAGGGAGAAGGAGCGAGAGAGUGAGAAGGCGGGAGAGGAGGAGAAGGAGCAGCGCAGGGCCAAGGCACGGACAGUGGGCACCUUUCGACUGAUUGGAGAGCUGUUCCUUCAGAAAAUGAUUCCGGAACCGGUGGUUCAUGCGUGUGUGCAGGUGAGUGGUUUGAUUUCGUGUGCGCUGGUGAGCAGGAGCUGUUGGUUAACCCAGCAUCUGUCCCUCCUCCUCAUGCAGAAGCAGUGUGUGUGUGCUGCUCAUGAUUGCGAGGGGGGCGAUGGAGAGGAGUGGGAGAGUGCCACUACUGUCCUUUUGGGCGAUCCUCCGUCCAUUCCCCCUCCCUCCCACGUAGAAGCAGUGUGUGUGCUGCUCACGAUAGCAAGGGGGGCGAUGGAGAGGAGUGGGAGAGUGCCACUACUGUUGGAAGGUCCUUUUGGGCGAUCCUCCGUCCAUUCCCCCUCCCUCCCACGUAGAAGCAGCGUGUGUGCUGCUCAUGAUAGCAGGGGGGGCGAUGGAGAGGAGUGGGAGAGCGCCGCUGCUGCUGGAAGGGUAUUCUAA